AUGAGUUUCCACGAGUCAGGAUCCAAUAUCGAAGUUGAGCAUGGACACAUACUCAAAGCUGCCCUGCGUUAUGGGGAGGACGAGGAACGAGACGCUGAAAUUGAUUUGAAUGAUUUUAUCGGUAAUGAUGAUGGCCAUUUCUGCUGGGGUGGACAGAAUUUCGAAGAGAGUGCUCGCUCUAUUGAAUUUUCGAUGGAGGGGGAUGGGACGCCUGUGUUACGGGCUAAGUUGAUUAACAUGGAGGGGGAGGAGGUUGACGCGGAUAUUAAUCUGGCGGAGCGGAUUGCUAACGAGAAUGGAGAGUUUGUGUUCGUUUGA